AUGGAACGAUUGUGUAAUGCAUUAGAAAACAACACUACACUUACAACUUUGAUUCUUAAAUAUAAUGAAAUUAGUGUUCAAACAAUGCAAUAUCUUGCUAAAGCAUUACAAAAUAAUACUACACUCACGACACUUAAUCUUAAAAUUAACCUGAUCGGCGAUAAAGGAAUACAAUAUCUAGCUGAAGCAUUACAAAAUAAUACGACAUUAACUAGACUUAAUCUUCGAUUCAAUCAAAUCGGGGACCAAGGAGUAUACUAUUUAGCUAAUGUAUUAAAACAUAACAAAGUAAGACAAGUUUAUAAUUAA